AUGUUGUUCUUACCUAUCAUCGGCCUCUUGGCGCAAUUCGCUUCGGCGCUUACCAUUUCCGAGGGCUCCGUGACUGUCGGGUCGCAAAAAGCCAAAUUCGGCUUCGAGGCCAUUUCGGCCCCGUUGACUUUAAAUGCCCAGGAUUCCAUCACCGUCAGCUUCAAGCUCGAUACGGCUGACACUCCAGACCAAGUCAUGGUCUUAUUGGGGAAUGAGCGUGGCUUGGAGACAUCCUACUUUCCGGUGGUCACCGGAACAACGGCCAAGUUGGUGAUUCCAGCAGCCAAGAUUCCCGCUGCGUUGAAGGCGCAGCACCGUUUGGUAUUGAACUUGGUGUUGGGUGCUUUCGGUAAGGAAGUCUACGACGAUGAAGACAAGGGCUUUGUCACCAGCCACGAAGAGCCAUUGUUCCUCCAGAUUGGCGAGCUCCAGCCGAGCAAAGAGUUGCUCCAGCAGCCAUUUGAAAGCGCUCCGAGAUUUAGUGCCAAGCCAGAGAUUAUCCACCAGUUCAGAGACAGCUCCCAGACCGUCAACCCGGCGAUUGCGCUUGUGUUUGUCGGUGGAAUUGGCGCUCUUUUUGUGGGUUUACUCGGUGUCUGGCUCAGUUUCGGCGUGCUCAACGUCAAAAAUGCUCCAUCGGCUAACGGGAACCUCGUUUUUCACGUGGGAUUGUUGGGCUCGAUCGUGGCCUUUGAGGUGGUGUUCUUCAAGUACUACGUCUCGAGCUCCGUCUUUGCCACCAUCGCCCGCAUUGCCGUUUUGGCCGGACCAGCCGUCUUCUCCGGCUCCCGUGUUUUCCGUGAGUUUGCCAUUCGUCGCAAAUAA